CUUGUCGACCUCGCCGAGCCCGGCGUGAGUGAGUGAGCGCUGGUGAGGGACGGCCGGACGGCCGGGCGUGCCCGGGAGCGCCCCGGCCGGCUCCGCGGGGCGCCGCUAAUUGGCGCGGCCGCCAGGUGGCAGCAGGCCCAGGGCGGCGUUGUCGCUGCGCGGGAGGCCGGCGGGAGCGAGGGGAGAGGCUGUGCUUCAGUCCCCGAGAACCUGCCUCGGAGCCUGCGGGGCGACCUGCAGCCGCGCUCCGGCACUCCCGGUGGAGGGGCCUCCGCCUCCCAUGCGCCGGAGGCCGCGCGUGUGCCAGCUCUCUCGCCCCCGCCGCAAGGAGAGUGCCUCGUCGUGGGGCGUGCGGACGGGACGUGCGCCGCGAGGGACGCCGGCGCGGAGCUGCGCGGUGAGGUGAGGCGAGGCGAGCAAGGCCUGGCCGCGCCCGCGGAGGCAGAGCUCCGAGGGAGAGCCCUGCGCCAGGAUUUGGGUGUGAUUGGUGUUGUGCUGGUACCACAGCGAAGAGGUAUUUUUCACUUCAAGACAUCUUGUGUUAAAGGAUCAUGGUAGACAGUUUAAUAGUUUCUUUGAGACUUCUCAGUUCUCUAGCAGUGCUGGGAUUUCAGUUUGUCAUCCCACAGCCUUCAAUUGAACACAGAAAGGUCCCUCAGAGGAUAGAAGACCAAAGGGAUGCACCUGAGGAUAAGGGUUCAGGAAUCCCAGGCAUGUGGGGAAGUUGGGGCCCCUGGUCUGCCUGCUCUCGGAGCUGCAGUGGGGGUGUGAUGGAGCAAACACGGCCCUGUCUUCCAGCCUAUUACCGUGAGAGGGGAUACCGCAGGGCAGGGCAGCAGUACCCGGCCUCUGAAAGAGCUCCUGCUCAUCAGAAUUCCCACCACCAUGAGGACUCGCUGGCUCCUUAUCCAGGCCAUGUCAUUUCUGCCAUCCGUACAUCUGUGCCCCUGCACAGGAAUGAAGAGCAGCUUUGGGCUGGCCUCCGGUCCUCGGCGUUUUCAGAAGGCCACAAUAACAGCCACCUGAGCAGAGCAGCGCUGAGGGGCAGCAGGCAUUCUCAGACCCAGAGGCAGAAUGCCAAGCCAGAAAAGAGAAGCAGAAACAGAAAUCCUAUUGGUCCAGGAAAAUAUGGAUAUGGGAAAGUGCCAUACAUUUUACCUUUACAAACUGAUACUGGUCAGCAGCCACAGAAACUUCGGAGGCAGCGACAGUCGUCAAGGACCCAUGUAUUUCAUCAGAGUCCAAGUCUCAUGAACGCUUACAACCAGGCAGCUAAUCCUUCACUUCAACAUGGGAAUCUUUAUCAAGAAGAAACUGGGCCUCAGGUUGGCCAUCAAGUGCUGGGAUCCUCAGUUUAUCAGUCAUCUUCGUUUCCUGUAUCUCAAAGCCUGUUUCAAAGCAGUGACUCAAACCAUCAUGGAUCUGUGUCACACCAGGCAGUUCAGCAUCAGCCCCAGCCUCAAAGAGCUGCAGCAAUUGUGUGCAUUGGCACCUACAAGCAAUAUAAACUCUGCAACACAAAUAUGUGUCCUGAAAGCAGCAGAAAUAUUAGAGAGGUACAGUGUGCAUCCUACAAUAACAAGCCAUUUAUGGGUCGAUUUUAUGAAUGGGAACCUUUUGCAGAAGGAAUGAAAGUAUACAAAGCCUGCUCUGACAGGUAUAUGAUUUGCUCUGUACAGUAUUGCAACAGUGUUUCAGUUAAGGGAGGUCAGAAGUGUGAGCUGAAUUGCCGUGCAAUAGGCUACAGAUUUUAUGUGAGACAAGCUGAAAAGGUGAUAGAUGGAACACCCUGUGACCAAAACGGCACUUCAAUCUGUGUGGCAGGGCAGUGCAAGAGCAUUGGCUGCGACGACUAUCUGGGUUCAGACAAAGUGAUUGACAAGUGUGGAAUAUGUGGAGGGGACAACACUGCUUGCAAGGUUGUGUCUGGAGUUUUCAAACACACGCUAACAAAUCUUGGCUAUCACAAGAUAGUGGAAAUUCCUGAAGGAGCUACUAAAAUCAACAUUACUGAGAUGUCAAAGAGCAACAACUAUUUGGCACUGCGGAGUCGAUCAGGACGGUCCAUCAUCAAUGGGAACUGGGCAAUUGAUCGACCUGGGAGAUACGAAGGUGGCGGGACAAUGUUCACUUACAAACGCCCCAAUGAAAUCUCCAGCACUGCAGGAGAGUCAUUUUUAGCUGAUGGGCCCACAAAUGAAGUCCUUGAUGUCUAUAUGAUACAUCAGCAGCCUAACCCAGGUAUACAUUAUGAGUAUAUUAUUCCAGGAGACAAUGUCAUCAGCCCUCAGUUGCUUGCUCACAGGAGGCCAGGGGAGCCAUUGAAUGGCCAGUUAGGAAUGCCAGAAAGUACAAAUCAAGAGGAUGAGGAUUUGCACAGGGAGACAGACACUCUCACUGGACACUUAGCUGGAACUUUUCCAGUUAUUCAGCCAGGAAGAUUUCCUUCUCAUCAGCCAGAAAACCUGGUGCCUGCUGUACAACCACCAAGACAAAACCGAGAACACAACUGGAAACAGAUUGGAAAAACUGAGUGCACUACUACAUGUGGGAAAGGGUCUCAGUACCCAGUUUUCCACUGUGUCAACAGAAUCACACAUGAGGAGGUACCUGAUGGUUACUGUGACAGCAGUACCAAACCCAUCCCAGAAGAGGAGGCGUGCAACCUCUUCCCAUGUCCAGCUUUCUGGGAUAUAGGGGAGUGGUCUGAGUGCAGUAAAACAUGUGGGCUUGGUAUGCAGCAUCGACAGAUCUUAUGCCGGCAAAUAUAUGCCAAUCGUACCUUGACAGUUCAGCAGUACCGCUGUCAGCACCUGGAGAAACCAGAGACAACCAGCACUUGCCAGCUGAAGAUCUGUAGUGAAUGGCAGAUUAGGACAGAGUGGACUUCAUGUUCAGUGCCCUGUGGAGUGGGGCAGAGGACUCGGGAUGUGAAGUGUGUCAGCAAUCUUGGAGACGUUGUUGAUGAUGAGGAAUGUAACAUGAAGCUACGGCCAAAUGAUAUUGAGAACUGUGACAUGGGUCCCUGUGCUAAGAGCUGGUUCCUUACAGAGUGGAGUGACAGGUGUUCUGCAGAAUGUGGUGACGGAAUCCGCACACGAUCAGUAGUUUGUAUGACAAACCACAUUAGCAGUUUGCCUCUAGAAGGCUGUGGCAAUAACAGACCCUCCGAAACAACAACCUGUAAUAAUGGACCCUGUGCUGGUAAAGUGGAGUGGUUUGCUGGGGGCUGGACCCAGUGCUCUACUGAAUGCGGUAGUGGAACUCAACAGAGAGAAGUCAUUUGUGUUAGGAAAACUGAAGGUAAUUUUGAUGUUUUGAAUCCUCAUGAGUGUUCAUAUUUGGAAAAACCUCCUGGCCAACAAUCCUGCUACCUCAAACCCUGUGGAUCUAAGUGGUUUCAUACAGAAUGGAGCACAUGUUCCAAAUCCUGUGAAGGAGGAUUUCGGGUUCGAGAGGUACGAUGUCUAUCAGAUGACAUGACAGCCAGUACUCAGUGUGAUCUACAGCUUAAACCUGAAGAAAAAGAACCAUGUAACACACAAGAUUGUAUCCCUGAAAUAGAUGAGAACUGCAAAGAUAAAUACUACAAUUGCAAUGUGGUGGUUCAGGCCCGGCUCUGUGUCUACACCUAUUACAAAACAGCCUGUUGUGCAUCCUGUACACGUGUGGCAAACAGACAGUCAGGGUUUCUAGGACGUAGAUAACAAAUACUCUUCUAUGCAUAGCAGCAAUGUUGGUCUUUGGAUGGAGCUUGAACAGUGUUACUGUUUCGACUGCAGCAGAUUUUAGUUUCUCAAAGGUGGUUUCAUUUAUUUCUGAGUACAUCAAGACUAUGGUUAAAUAUCACACCCUUUCAGUUUCAGUCAUUGUGCAGUUAUCUUUUUUUUUUUAUGUUUUAAAACCAUGAUCUUUUAAAGCAUUGAAUUUUAAUGAUACUGUUCUUUGCACUUGCUAAUCAGGUAAUUAUUUGAAGAACAUAUAAGCCCUAGUAUUGGGAAAUGGAUGAAAACUAAAGCAGUCCUAGGCAAUUGCUGGGGGUAUUUGAUCAAUAUGGAUGCAGCUGCUGCAUUAUUUUCUGAGUACUUACUCUUACUUGGUAUUUUGGAAAUCAAAACACCUAAAUCAGUGAAACAUGCACACGAGAAAAAUGCCUUGAGAAGAAUCAGAUCCUUGAAUACCCAUUCAUCAUCAGUUUCUUAGCACUCCAACAUAUAUUUUUAAUUACUUCAGUCCAUUCGUAACAAAUUAGCGUCAAGCUUAAGCUCACUCAGUUGUACUUUUAACUAACUUCCUGUCCUCGGGCAGCAAAUAUAUAUACACUUGACUGCCAAAAGUGCCUUUAUAUUUAAUUCAUAAACUCUUGAAGGUAUGCUCUUCUAAUUUUGUGUGGAUUUUAAAAUACAUUACCUACCAGAGUGCCACUAGUGUCUAGCCCUUCAAUUCUUCUAACAACUGCAGCUGUCAGUGAGACAGAUGUAAUGGAAAGGUGAAAAGACUUUGCUGGUAUAAAGAAAUUGGCAAGGUCUCUUUCCUGUAGGGCAGUUAUUUCAGUGAUCUGGUAUCUUGCCUAAUGUCUUGUCUCUGCCCUAUUGCCUAGCAAGUGCUGUACCAAAGUAUUUUGUCCAGACCUAAUCAGGACAUGUCACCAGUUUCUGAAAACCACCAAAGGGCACAGGACUCUGUGCUUUGUAGUUGCUUGGUAUGAGUGUAGCAGCUAAACAUCUCUAAAAAUGAGAUUUUAGCUGUCUACAUCCUUCAGGUUUUGAUCAGUUGUUACAACAGACUUGUCUUUUUUAGACAAUGUUUCAUCCCACCGAUCUAUUCAUAUCACUGUUUUGUUACUACUCAAGAAUGGUUCCAGACUUAGAGAUGAAUUUAGAUGGUAAUUUUUCAUUUCUGCAAUUACUGUACUCAGCUUUGGGAUUUGCUAAAAGCAAAUAGAAUUAAUAGAAUGCGCUAUGUAGUGCAGAUGAAAGUUUUUUCAUUGUCUGUACAUUCGCUAGCCUUUAUCUGCGAGGUCUUGCAAAUGUGUAAAUAAAGCUGAGGGGAAAAGUAAAUGCUUAUUCAGCUGUUUAUUACAGCAUAUUGCUUGUAAAUCAGUGAUCCCCAAAUAUGCAUCUAUUUCUAAGGUGCCUGUUGUGUGAGUUGAAGAUCAGUUUUAAUAAUCUGUGUUAAAUCACUCCCAGUGAUGUGAUGUAACAGUGGUUAAAGUGUCCCGUUACAAAUGAAGAGCCACAUGUGAGCCUCAUUAUGUGUUAUUUUCUUCUUACUGCUUUAGUGGAGAGGAAUUGAGAUUAGGACACUGGGAGGCAGAGGCCGCUGCAUGUCAUACUGGUCACAUCAGUUUGUGUGAUGGAAGUGACAGGAACACCUUUAAGUCUAAAAGCUGCCUUGAAUUGAGACAAAUGUUGUAAUUUUUAGUUCUGUCACUCAUGAAAAAUACAUUUUCAACAUGACGAGCUACUACAAUUUGGCUAAGUGAAAUGAAAAGUUUCCCCUAAAAUUCAAAGUUACUCUCUGUGACUAUAAACAAAUAACUCCAUUGGCUGUUUCUCUACACCUUGAUUUGGGCUUUUUCAAUUAAUUGAAACAAAGCUGUUAGAAAUGCUAGUUAGAAAACAUUUUGUUUGAUUUCAUGAAUCUUUCACAGUACUAUUCUCUUGCAUUUUGAAGAUGUAUCCAUCAAGAUAACUUACAGAUUUGUGAUUAUAUUAUCCAAAGAAUGAUGUGGAGAAAGUGCAGCAUAAACAGCUCUGGAAACCAGUUGUUGUAAAUAGACAGUUUCAUCUGA